AUUAAAAUAGUUCUUAGCUAGUUUGAUAGUUUUACACUGACAAAGUAGACGAUGUUGUAUAUGUACGUUUACAUACGCAGCGUCGUCUACAUGUAUUACCCCAAUAGAUGAUAGUGACUUUAAUUCGGCAUAAACCAAGUACCCCACUAGUCAUUUUCGGCAGAUUAAGGUGGUGAUCCCUUGAUCUGUGUGUAAGGUGCCUAACAGUUUGCCGAAUUAAUCAAAGUUGGACUCCAGCUCAGCUUGGUUCCACAUCAUGAUGCGAUACUGGGGAGAGAUCCCUGGUCCUGCUGGUGUUCCUCCCAGCCGCAGCUCCUUCGACUUACUCCAGCGUGAGUUUCGCUCUGUGGAGAUGCAGGACCCACCUCUGCACCAGCCCUCGGCCCAGCGUCCACGACCCACCACAAUGUUGGAUAUUCCCUCAGAACCUUGCAGCCUCACCAUCCACACGGUGCAGCUGUGUCAGCACGUGCGCCGUCUCCGUGGACUCUUAGCGGCAGCCCAGGCUCAGGGUCAGAUCAAUGAAGGUGGAAACAGGCUGGAGGAGGCUGAUACCAACCUGCCCCUACGUCCUCCCACCCCACCUGCAAUGCCAGAUGACCUGUUACCUGUGGACAGUAAAGACCCUCAGGAACCUUUUCAGCUUCGUCAUAGUAAUCCUGAAAGUGACUUCUAUAAGGGCAAGGGUGAGCCUGUCACAGAGCUCAGUUUGCCCUCCUGUAGGCAGCUACUGUAUCAGUCAGUGGCCACCAUCCUAGCGCAUGCUGGCUUUGAGUCUGCUCAGGAGAGUGUACUUGAGACUCUGACCGACCUGGUCCAUGAGCAUUACCUACGUCUGACCCGCCUGCUUCGAGUGGCGGUGGACCGAGAGGCACGGUUAGGAGCCACUCCGUUCCCAGAUGCGAUGGAGCAAGUGUUUCAUGAGGUAGGCAUCGGCAGCGUGCUGGCCCUACAACGCUUCUGGCAAGUAAGGAUCAAGGACUAUCACACCUACAUGCUACAGGUUAGUAAGGAUCUGUCAGAAGAGUAUGAGCGACUGGUGAACCCAGAGAAGGCUCUGGAGGACUCAAAGCCUUUAGGAAUUAAGGAAGAGCCAGUAAAUGACAUCCCCUUCCCUGUGAGCGAGGAGCCUGAAGCUGACCUGGCCUCUGGGGACCAGGCUCUGCCAAUGGGGGUCCUCGGGGGCCAUGGUGAAAGGCUGGCUUCAGGGUUGGAUGGUGACCAUUCUCCUCAUACCUCAGGUGGAGGUGGGGCCACCAAUUCCCCUCUGUGGCCACAGGUAAAAAUGGAGCCACAGGAUGGCGAGGAGGGCCAUGGGGCUGGCCAUCAUCCUCAUCACCACCAUCAUCAUCACCACCACCAUCAUCACCCCGUAUUGGGCGGUGACGUGUUUGAGGAGGGGGGGCCCAUGUCCACCAUGAGCGAGUCGGGAGGAGCGAUGGCACCCUCUCCUGGAGGCGUGGCAUCAGAUGGCAGCUAUGCCUCACAAUCGCCCGACUCCCUGAUGGGCACGUCACCUAUCUUCAACCAGAGACCCAAGAAACGUGCAAAGAGAAUGUGAUGGAGGAGUGUGGCAGUUGUAAGAGAGACAGUUGAGUCUGAGCUCAUGAUUUACCUGUGGGGUUUUGGAUUCAUUGUAAAACCAGCUGUGCAAUUUGAAAGUCAGGAUGGACUUUGCCCAGCUGCUGAGGUCAAAGCCACAAUGACUGGGAGGAAUAGAGGAAAUGGCUAGUGUUUUUUUUUUUUAUUGUGAGCAUAGAUUCUCUCUUUCUUCUGUUUGUUCUGUUUUUAAGUAUCAGUUAAUACAGUAUUUAACUUUUUGAGGUUUAGUGAGUUAUAAUUAGCUAAAUGUAACUGAUUUGGAGAAUAGGAAAAAUGAUUUAGUUUAAGUUACCAAUUCUAACCUGUGUCAUUUAUUACAAUUAAAAACACUCUUAAAAAGUG